CGAUUCAUUAGCGGUUUAUCGGGAAGGGCGAGCCUAGUUUGUCUCGUCGAAAAACAGGUGUCCAGUGACGGUUUUCUGUCAUUUUCUGUCGUGACUCGUCGAUGCGAUUCGAAAUUUCUCUUAAAAUCUGAUCGGCAAGAGGCGUACGUCCGUGUAAAAGAAAGUGACCACCGUUUACAGUUAUCCUGACUGACAAUACACCACUGUCUCGUGAUAACAUCUCACUGUCUCCGGUGACAGUAACGAUCGAAUGUCGGAUGUCUCAAAUCACGGUUACGUCAAGUGGAAUGGAACGCAGUAUUCACGAGAUGUUGAAGGACGCACCUUCUCUGAACGAGAGCGACAGUGCUGUACAUACUGGAACGCCACCACCCCAUCUACCGAAUAAUUGUAGCAGUGAUGGUCAUCCGAAGCCAGCUACUAUAAACUUGAGCUUAGGGAGUCCCACGUCCCAAACUUGGAGGACAAUCCAUAAAGAUCCAUCAUGGUAUGGAUGGGAUGUGAACUCUGGUCUUUUGGGUAGCGAUCUCUGCACUAACCAACUACUUCACACAGUGGCAGUUUCGAGUACUCCCAUUCAAAAUGGUGAUACGCAAACCAUGCGUACUACUCAGAGUAAAAUUGAGAGUCUCAAGAAUUGGAGUAUCUCUACAUACAAAUGUACUAAACAGUUAAUGUACGAAAGAUUAGGGAAAACCUCGCGUACCGUAGAUUUUGAAUUAGAAACGCAAAUCGAGCUGCUCAGAGACACUCAAAGGAAAUAUUGCAACGUUCUGCGAUUAUCGCGAGCCUUGGCGUCGCAUUUUCAUCACGUUGUUCAGACGCAACACGCCCUAGGAGAAGCAUUUUCCGAACUGGCACAGAAGUCGCCUGAACUCCAAGAGGAAUUUUUGUAUAAUUCGGAAACGCAAAGGAAUUUAACAAAAAACGGUGAAACACUUUUAGGGGCCUUAAAUUUCUUUGUCUCCUCGGUGAAUACGUUGUGUAAUAAAACGAUCGAGGAUACCUUGCUUACAAUAAGACAAUACGAAACCGCGAGGAUAGAAUACGAUGCAUAUAGGACAGAUCUGGAGGCUCUCGUGCAAGCUACAAAGUCAGAUGGUAGUAAUGCAGCGAGAUUGGAGGAAGCACAAGCUAACUAUGAAGGACACAAGCAGAAUUUCGAAAAAUUGCGUUCAGAUGUUUCCAUUAAACUGAAGUUCUUAGAUGAAAACAGGAUCAAAGUGAUGCACAAGCAAUUGCUCUUAUUUCAUAAUGCUGUAUCCGCCUACUUCUCGGGUAAUCAAACCGCAUUGGAGGCUACUCUUAAGCAGUUCAACAUCAAAGUGAAAUCACCGAAUUCCACUUUACCGUCAUGGCUGGAGCAGUAGUUUAAUUCAAAUUAAAACAAAAACUGAAUACAUCACUGAAGAAUGUGAAUACGGGGAAGUGCGUUCGUCCACGGAGAAAGUAAAGGUAUAGCAGUCAUCGCAAACACUCGACAAUUUGCUGAUAUAUAUAUAUAUAUAUAUAUAUCGAAACUACCAUUUAGUCUGACAGUUUAAACAACAAUAUAAUGAAAAAUUGUGGGAUUCAUGAUGUGUAAACAGACUGAAUUCAAGUUACGGUGUGUCUAAAUAUUUAUCAUUAUAUAUAUAUCUAUAUAUAUAUAUAUAUAUAUAUGUAUAUAUACACAGGGUGUUCCACGUAAUGUUACAACUCAAAAACUCGACAAACAAGUGCUUUUGAAGAAUAGAAGUAUUUUUCAACGAAAUGUUCCAAACAAAGUUUACUUGUUUCUUUGCCGUAGAAUCCAAAUAUGUAACAAUUUAUAGGAGUUUCCAUUUGAAAUUACAAAGUUAUCCUCCGGUCCCCUUCGAGGAGAAGCGGGGGCGAAUUUUUGUUUAUGUAAUUAGAAAGAUCCCUCGAAUACGUGAAACUUUCUCAUGAACAACUUUUUGAAACGACAAAUAUUUGUGGAGUUUUGGAAUUGUAACACUUUACGUGAGACACCCUGUGUAUAUAAAUUCUUUUAAGAGAAUCACCAGACGAUAGAAGAUAGGAGAAUCUCUAUAAAACAUAGUAACGUUUCCCGAUAAUUAAUUUUGAAUGCUUACGUAUUUGAGAAGAGGCAGUAUAUAUUUAAUUUUUAUAUUUCUCUUAGAGGAAAAGUUCUCCAAUGUAAAUACGUAAUAACGUGACACAACAGUAUAUAAAUGAAGCUUUCUAUUUUACAGUGUAUUAGAGUGCUAUUAAUUGCUUAUUUAUAUUACACUUUACACACGUAGUUUAACGAUACGUGUGCUCACGAUCUUGAAAGGCUAUUCUUUAAGCUAGAUAGUUUUGUGUAAAUUUUAAACUUUAAGGCUAUGAUACUGCUGAAUUAUAUAGAUCUAUUUAUAAAUAUGUAAUUACACUUAAACCAAAUUAUUUCCCAAACUAUCUCGCAAAUUGAAAAUAUCGAAAACCUUUGUAAGAAAUUAAGGGUGUACAUUAAUUGUAUCCAAAGAAAAGAUUUUAUUUUAUUGUCAGAAGAAUAGAAAGUUUAUUUCUAUUGAAUGUGAAUAUUUGAAGAUGAUCUUAUUGAAUUUACAUUAAUAUUAAUAUUAAUUUAUGAGCUUUCAAUUUCUUGCAUUGUAUAUUUUUAUAAUCAAUCUUCGAAGUAUUGGGUCAGUCAAAAAAUUCAAUUUUCAGUUUUUUUAAAUCAAAUUACAUGUAAUACAAUGUUGAUAAUGUCUAUAUCAUAGAUAAUACUGUUUGAUCAUAGAUAACGAUGGUAAUUGCUUGAUGAUUGAAAUAAUUUAUUUCUACUGCAAACAAUAAAGCAAAAUUUCAUGUAAAAAUCGAAAUUAUUUUCCGACUGACGCAAUAAAAUAAAUAAAUAAAAAUCAUCAGAAAUUAAAUGGAGACUGUAGAUUGUACUAUAUUAUUUGAUGUCUCUAAGAUUCAGUUUGUGAACAUCUCUUUUUUUUCUAAAAAAAGAUUGUUUAAUUUC